AUGAGUGCAAAAUUCCUUGGUCUACACUUGCCGGAGGCCGGAUCCAUUUCGGAUCCACUUUCUCCUGUGCUUCCGUCGGGGCGGACCGAUCUGAAAUUAGCCCUCUCGGACACCGGCUCCAACCAAGUCGAAAGCAUACAGAGCCAUGUCUGCUCUCUACAAGACCUGCCGAUCGAGAGCUCGUGUGCUGGUGUUUCUGCCAGUCGACUUGGCGGGAGCGACGACGGAACGACAUGUUCCUGCGUCCAGGUCGAGUUGGCGCUUUGCUGCUGGAAGGAACGUAGGCCCACCAUUCUCCGGUACAUGCCAUCCUCUCUGAAGGUCAGUUCAAAGGCAGAGCAAGAAAUGGGAUCAGCGGAACAAAGCCCGCGGAAGGAGACGCAUGACUCACGUGCAAAGGCAGCGACAGAUGAGCAGGAGGGAGGUGAGCACCAGAAGAACGAUUAG